AUGAUAAAAUUUGGUCUCCUAUGUACUGCCAUCCUUGCGUGUUUGAUUGCGGUAGCGCACACUCAGAGCGACGACUGCCAGGUGUGCAUAGCUGCGUACAAUCAGGUAUUGACCUGCACCGGCGCUACUGCUAUUUCUCAAAUCCAAUAUAUACAGAAAGAAAUACUCGUACCGUGUAUGUGUAAUCAGAAUUUCAUUAAUGGGGGUGCGAGAUGUCCUUAUUGCCCAUCUUCCGGUGAUUCAGCAUCCGAUGUCGUUACUAUCGUUUCUACAUGUCAAAAAUACGGUCACUCCGUGACGAUGCCUAGCAGCCCGGAUAGCAGUCAAAACUCAACAUCAACUGGUGGUGGUCUUAGCAAAGGUGCUAUCAUUGGCAUUGGCAGUGGUUCUGCUGUCUUGGGUUUUACUGCCGCUGCAUUGGGCGUUUAUUACAGGUGGUUGCAGAUCAAAAAAAUAAAGGAGCAAGAAACAAAAGAGCAAGAACAACGGGCGCAAUUUAUUCAACAUCAAUUCAUGUAG